GGGGCCGACUGGGCAGACUUUGUUCCGUCCAAAGCAGGCGCGGAGCACAGUGCCAUGUAGGAGCCGUCGGCCAGACGACGACGGAGGCGACGACGGCUGCGACGUGGACGGGCGGGAGAGGCGACGGGUCCGUUCAUUCACGCGGCUUCCACCGGGUUCUCACGCUGCGCUCCGUGUUUGCAGGCCUAGGCGCUAGCGCAACGGUACAGCGGCAGCGUACCACGCCCGUACAGGAAGCGAGCGGAGCGAGGAGCGAGGAGCGGGAGGGCCGCGGGAGGCCCGGCCCGAUCCCGUCCGUCCCAUCGAAGCGGAUCGGGAUCGGUUGGGCUUUGACGCGUCCGAAAAGGACCGCUGCAGGGCCGGUGGUGGCCUUUAAGCUUUCGGCGCUGCCGCGUCUAUAUAUACGAGACGGGCAACGGGCGGCCAAAGUGGCGGUGAGUUUCGAAAGCCGCGGGUCAGUGGCUGUCGAGCUGAGCUAGCAAGUUGUCGUAGGGCCGCGCGCCUCGCCUCGUCGCCUAUUUAGAUUUUCCUCGCCCUCGCCCUCUCGCCGCAGCAGCAGCAGCAGCCGCGCGACGCAUGCCCGUUGCUCAGACGCUCCAUCAUCCAUCGCGUCGGGUGGCCCGUUGUCGUCCUCCGCGCCUGGCGAGGCCGGGACGAGCUUCUUCUUGAUUUUCUGCCGAACUCGUCGACAUCGCGCUCGGGCCGAGAAUCUGGCGCAGAAUUGCGGUUCCUCUCGCGCAGAAUUAUGUUUCUGGUGCACUGUCCUGUCCGACAUUCCUUCGGCGAGAGACUUGCUCACAGCUCGUUCGGAGAAUGCUCGAGUUCGGACCCGUAGCUGCUCGCGCCAAUUGCUCGGAAGUGAGUGUUCGUGACGCCUUUUCCUCGUGACGGGCUCUAUUUCUUCGGGUGCAGGGGAUCAUUCUGUCUCGCUGUGCCUGCUCGGGCACGAAAGCCAGUGUCUGCUGCGUGCGAGCAUGGAGGGUAUGAUGAGUAAAUUUCCUUUCAAUUUAUUCGACCGGAGGUGGUAUUAUCAAUCUAUUGUGUCCAAAAGUACUGGUGCCAAUGAGACAGCGCCCCAGACAGCGCCCCCUGCAGCGACCCCGGCCGUCGAGGACGUAGAAAUCUCCAACUCACUUGCCGCUGUGGACUUGAAUGGCGACAAAAGCAGUGCGGAGAUGACGGGCUCGCAGGAAGUCACACCUCCGAAGCAAGUCCCUGACGAGGCCGAGAUGAGAAGAGUGUUUGAGAAAUUGGACGAAAACAAGGACGGGGUCAUUUGCAGCGAUGAGCUGAAGCAUUUCAUGGAGAAGCUUGGCUUCGAGAUGUCCGAGGAAGAUCUUCAGGCCAUGGUCAAAACAGUAGAUGACAAUGAGGAUGGUACUGUGGAUUUUGAUGAAUUCUACUCCUUGUACCAGCAAAUAACUGGUGUGGCGCCUGAGAAGGACGAGGCACCUGAGGACGAGGAUGACAGCCUCCUCGACGCCUUCCAAAUUUUUGAUAAAGACCAAGACGGAUACAUCACCGCUCAAGAAUUGCAGAAGGUCUUGGUCAACCUGGGGAUGCCAGAGGGUAACAGUCUGAAGAAAUGCCAAAAGAUGAUCGAAAGCGUUGAUGCAGAUGGUAACGGCCAAGUAGAUUUCAAAGAAUUCAAGAAGAUGAUGAACUCCAAUGCACUCUCUCAAUUGUGAAUCUGGUACACUCUCCCCAUAUCAGACAUUCUCUCCAGCACGCUCAACACUCGAAGAAAUGAUUACUGUCACAUGGCUCGAGUCCUUGUAGACUCGUUUGAUUCUUACACCCUCGUUCCGUGUUUGUGAGGACUCCAUGGCAGAUAUUAGUCGAACACAACUCAACAAUCAGCUUCGAAUGGUUGUAAAAGUAAACGUAUUACACUAGUACGUGAUCUUCCAGACGCAUGGAACUAUUGCGAGCACCUUCGUCCCUCAUUCAGUUUAAGAGUCGUUACGAACCGAUAUUCUUUAGUGAGGGCUUGGUACUGCGCAACAUGUAGUCGAAUUACUCUCUUGUGGUUUAGGACCACAUAUGUACAUUGGAAAUUGUAACUCCGAAAAUCAUUCCCUAGACGAGCUUACCGAAUGGCGGCUAGCUUUUAUGCGCCGUCAAUUCUCAGAAGUAUUGCUUUGUAAACAGGUGUAUUGCAAUCAGAUGUAUCCACAAUCUUGCUUUUUGGU